GUUCUUUUUGACCAGUUCAGCGUCUUCCUCAACUUAAUCUUCUUGAUCAUGGCAAUCAGCCAGUUCAUUGAAGCCCUGCGUGUAGGAAGCCUAUAUACCUACUGGGCACCUUUGACUUUCGUCAUAGUUGUCACUAUGAUACGUGAGGCUGUUGAUGAUAUUCGCCGUUGGCGUCGCGAUCGUGAAGUUAACCGGGCUGCCUAUAAUAAAUUGGUACGGGGUGGACAAAUGCGCAUCACCGCGGCCGAAAUGAAGAUCCUCACAUAUUUAAACCAGUUACGAGGAAAAACAGUAGAUAUACGAAUUCCCUUAUUAUCAUGA